AACCUGGAUCUGUCACUGUUUAAAUGGCAUGAUUAUUUCUUUUAUUUAGAGUCUGUUUGGUUCGGAGGAAUCCACAAAUUUUCUCCCCGGAAUCUUGAUAGUGGAUACUUGUUUUUCAUGUUUGGUUUAGGGUAAUAUGGGGGAAAAAUGUAAGGUUCCCAUCAGUACCCAAAAUCUCGGAAUUAGAAACCCACUCCCUGUGAUAUUUUAGGAUUAUGGGGGAAAGUUGCCUUAUUUCCAAAUUGACCUAAAUAAGAAAUUUGUCACAUAUCCAUUACCCUUUUGAAAAGCAACUUUGGAAUUCAGUUUUAGAUUUUUUUUUAAAUUGUCUUAUUUUUAAUUCAGUUUUAAGAAAUGCCUUAUUUGAUGUUUUUGUGGCAAUUAAGGCAUUUCAAGGAACCAACGCCUUAUUUGACCCAUUCAAAUAAGACGUUUCCUUUUACAAACAUCUUAUUUGAUAGAUGAUCUUCUAGAAUCUUUACAAAAGCAGAUAAGGGGUUUCUUUAAACAAACGUCUUAUUUGAUGUUUUUUCCAACAUAUUUACAGAGCCAAUUCAAAUAAGACAUUUCCUUUUUACAAACGCCUUAUUUAAUAGACGAUUUUCUAGAAUCUUUGCAAAUUCAAAUAAGGCGUUUCCUUUGAACAAAUGCCUUAUUUGAUGCUUUUUUCAACAUGUUUACAAAAGCAUAUAAGGUAAGCGAGCCUGAGAAGUGGGGCUAUUCAUCUGAUUGGAAGAAGGUUUUGGUUUACUUUUUUGGAACCCAGCAAAUAGCCUUCUGUAAUCCUGCUGAUGUAGAAUCAUUUACAGAAGAGAAGAAACAAUCUCUUUUGAUCAAACGUCAAGGGAAGGGCGCAGAUUUUGUUCGUGCUGUCAAGGAAAUUAUUGAAAGUUAUGAGAAGUCAAAGAAGCAGGACCAGGUUGAUUAUUUUAAUUCUGCUGAUAGAGCCACCCAGACAAAUUGUGGGAACUCAGUGGACUCAUCUGCAUCAAAGGAUCUGGGUGACACUUGUGAGGGAACACUAGAGUUUCGAUUAGAAACUUCAAAUGCUGUUACCAAUCGAAAUUAUCCUAGUCUUGCAACUGAGGUUGCUCAAACUGAGGCAAAAAUAGAUGCUCUGUGUGAAAAAGAAUCUGUCUCAGAGGAACCUCCAGAUACGAUGUUGGUUAAAGAAACACCUGUAUUGACUACGUACUCAUCAAGAAAAAGACCUGGGGGUUUACGAUAUCAAAAGUCUGUUGCACAGCAGAAGGUACCACCAGUUCGAAGGGCUAGAAGCUCAGCAGGGGUGGAAUCCUCUAGAUUCCAAAACAUUAUGAUGUCAUCUAAUGAUGUUAGGACUGCUGAUGAUGUAUCAGCAAAUAUGAUCCAGAAUGGAUACCUAAGGAAGAAUAAACGAGCCAGAAAGUCUACAGGUGCUUCUGAGACUGAGAGUGAUGAUGUGGACUCAUCUGUAUUAAUGUCAAACGGUAGCAUUGAUGAUAAUGGGUCUGAAAUUGUCACCGUUGAUACUGAUGCUGUUAGUUUGAAUGAAGGCAGCACUAUGGAUUCUAGUUAUAAACCUGAUCACUCUGAGACUGUCAAUGAGUGUUUGGAGGGAGAUGUUGAGUUGAGCAAAGGGCUUGAUUUCCAAGUAAAGGCUGCUGUCAUUAAGAAGAAAAGGAAACCAAUUAGAAAGCGAGUGAAUAAUGACUAUGCUGAGCCUCCUGCUAGAAUGGAUGCAGAAGCAGAUUUGGAUUUUGGAAUCAAUAAUGCUAGGCAAAAUUUGCAAAAUAGUUGUGAAAAUUUAAAUGAGAGAUAUUCUAAAGAUGAUGGAGAUGAGCACCUACCAUUGGUGAAAAGAGCAAGGGUUCGCAUGGGCAAACUGUCAGCUGCUGAUGAGUUCACUAGUUCUACUCCAACUGAAGAAAAGCCUGUUAGUGAAGGUGCUGUCAAUUCAUUGGAGCAGAUGAGUACAUCAUCAAGCUGCCGCAAUGAUUCUCCUACUGGUAGAGAAUCUUUAGUGUUGAAGGGUGCUUUGGUUAAUGUAUCACCUAAUGUAUCACCUUCAAAUGGCGACACUCAAAUUGAAGGAAGUAGGCCAGAACCUUGUAAAGCAGUGAGAAAUCAAAUAGGCUGUUUGGCAGGUGGCGAAGCUGCCUUGCCUCCAUCUAAACGCCUCCAUCGUGCUUUGGAAGCUAUGUCUGCUAAUGCUGAUGAAGAAAAUCUGGCAUCUGCUGAAAAUUCACCAACCAUGAAAACAUUGGAUGAUCAAUGUCAUGGUUCUCCAAUAAGGAGUUGCUCUCAUAUAACCGUUCAGGACAAAGAAGCUAAUGGGUUGGAGCAACGUGGAGUGGAUUUGCUUGUGAAUAGUGAUUAUGACAUUUUUUCUUUAUCAAACUUAAUACCUUUGGAGAAAUGUGCCAAAUCUUUGGUGGAACCAGAUAUGUGCAGUCAACCUUCUAAGAGUCCCAACAAUCAGAAGCAUGAAUUUCAUAAGGAUGUCUUUGUGGAGCCUAUUGACCAUGCUAGUCAUGAUACUCAUAAAGGUGAAAAUUUAGAGCACUUGUCCCCUAAUCCUAACAAAAGCGCUACUUUCAGACCCAAUUGUGGUUAUCCAGAUCAGCAGUUGCCUUCAAAGGAUGAUUCUGGUGCUGGACCUGUUCGCUUGAGAAAUUUUAGCGCUGAAAAUCCUGAUGAACAAUUAAAUACUUCAGAACAUGCUGACAUGAGUUUGGAUCCUGUCAUAGGGACUGAGAAAACUUGUAAAGUAUCAUCUCAGGAUGGUUCAAAUGCAUUUCAGUGCACUGCUGAGCAUUCCAGUCAUGAGAAAAGUGAGUCAUUGAAGUCUCAAACUGAUGACAGCAGCUUAGUAAACAGCAUGUGUGAGGUUGCUGAAGAGUUUCUACCUGAAAAAAGGCAGAAGACAACUUCUAGUUUGAUUUGUGAUGACAACUCAGACAAGGAUGUUGUAGGUGUCCUGUCAUGUCCAUCUUCUGCUGAUGGAGUAGAUUCUCCUGCUAGGGUCUCUCCUUCCAAUGCCUUAAUUUGCCAUGCUUCUACUUCUGAGAGUGCUAAUAUUAUUCAAAGCAAUGGGUAUUGUAGUCCAAAUGUUCACUCUUGUCCCAACAAAUCUUUAUGUGCAUCAGCUGCUGAUGACGAAGGUAAAGGUGACUCUGUGGCCUUUGAAAGACCACAAUGUGUCGGUAAGUGCAGUAUUUACACCGAAGCACACGCUGCUCUGUCAUCCUUUGAGAAUAUGCUUGUGACCUUAACAAGGACAAAGGAGAGCAUUGCUCGUGUGACACGCAUAGCAAUUGAUUGUGCAAAAUUUGGUGUCUCUGUGAAGGUUGUGGAAAUUGUUGCUCGAAAUUUGGAACGUGAGUCAAGCUUACACAGAAGGGUGGACUUGUUCUUUCUUGUGGAUUCCAUUAUUCAAUGCUCCCGGGGUUUGAAAGGCGAUGUAGGUGGCAUCUACCCUUCAGCUAUUCAAGCAACACUGCCUCGUCUACUCAAUGCUGCAGCUCCCCCUGGUCCUACUGCACAGGAAAAUCGUCGGCAGUGCUUAAAGGUUUUAAGACUUUGGCUGGAAAGAAGAAUCCUUCCGGAGUCUGUUGUUCGCCACCAUAUACGAGAACUUGAUUCACUUAUUGUUUCGUCUUCUGGUGGCGCCUUUUGUCGCCGCUCAGCUAGAACAGAGAGAGCAUUGGAUGAUCCUGUCAGAGACAUGGAGGGUAUGCUUGUGGAUGAGUAUGGCAGCAAUUCAAGUUUUCAGCUUCCUGGAUUUUGUAUGCCCCGAAUGCUCAAGGAUGAGGAUGAGGGAAGUGAUUCUGAUGGAGGGAGUUUUGAGGCUGUCACUCCAGAACACUAUUCUGGAGGCCCUGAACAACAAGAGGCAAAACCUGCAAUUGAAAAGCGCAGACAUAUUUUGGAAGAUGUUGAUGGUGAGCUUGAAAUGGAGGAUGUUGCUCCUGAGAUUGAAAUGACUUCAACCAGUGCUGCUGCUGGAGUCAAUACCGCACAAACUUCAUGUGAGCAGUGUGAUCAACAUUUGCCAUUGCCAUUUGUCCCUCCUUUAUCUCAUGAUGUGCCUCCCUCAUCACCACCGCUGCCAUCAUCACUGCCACCCCCACCACCUCCCAUCCCUCCUCCUUGUCCUAUAUCUGGCCCCAAUGGAAACGUUGUUGAUUCAACAAUUCAUACAAGUAUACAUAAUAGGCAAGACCAUUUGCGAUCUAUAAUUCCAGCAUCAGUUGCACCAAGAAUUAAUUCAAUGUGCAAUACUACUGUCCCUUAUCAUGGGCCUGAAUCUAGAGAUUGUCCAGUGCCUAUGCAGGUUUCUGAUUGUGAUACCUCUUUCAACAGUUACCCUUUACAUCCAGUGAAUAAUAUUCAACAACCUGAUGGCCCUAACUUUCAUCACAAGGCCUACCCUCCACGACCUCAUCCUUUACCAUCAAAUCAGUUCUCAUAUGUUAAUUCAGGCCAGCAAAUGAAUUCCAUGUGGGAUGCCCCACCUCCUCCCUAUUCAAACAGAUACUUUUCACCAAGCUUUGAUGGAGGAAAUUAUUAUAAUAGUCAUGACAGAAUGAAAUUGGCCCCAAAUGAACUUAGAGAGAGCUGGAGAUUUCAUCCACCACCUUUCUCUGUUCCGCAUUAUGCUGAUAAAGCCAAAGCAUUUUAUGGCCAUGUUUCAUAUGGUGGGCCCCAGUGUGAGUCAACGAGGUUGCCAAACCAAGGAUGGGGCUUCCAUCCCCCUGCAAUGAAUCACAGAGACUCCUUUCCUGUCAGACUGCCUCCAGAAGGUGUGGUUCCGGUUGGAUCAAGAGGUCUGCAUUUCUCAUGCUCCAAGCAUUUGGCGGCCAAGAUGACCAAAUAGUACUGAGCUGUUCUAAUUGGUAUAAACCCUGUUUUUGACAUGGGUUCUGAGGCUUGUUGAAGAGAGUUCGACUCUUUUUUCCUGGCCCUAUAUUGUUUGCUUCACGAUGCAAGGGACAGAUAUUCGGAUAUGGGUUUGGAGAUACCUGGUUUUGUAAAUAUGUAUUCUAUCACCUCUACCGUAACCGGGGUGGACGGUAAGAUGUGCCUUACUGUAGAGAUUGGGGAAUGGGGAUAGAGCUGUACCUAACUCUAGGCUGUAAUGUAUCAAUUUUUUUUUUCUUUUUGCUUAAUUUAUUUUAUACGCUAGAAACUUGUUUGCUUAGCAACCUCUUUUGCUAGAUUUCAUUUUUACCACCCCAUUUUGGCUGUAAACAGUCUGUUUUGUUACUACACUGUCAAAAUUUCAGUGGUUCAAUAAAGUGGAUCAGAAUGAACCAAAUAUAAUCUACUUGUAUGCAUGCCUGUGCCAAUCUAUUAUUGUUGUGAAAAAGUCAAUGCAGCAAUGGUUCACUUUCGAAGGGGCAAGGAACAAGUUGCUCAUUUUAUCAUACUUGGAAAUGAUCUGCCUUAAUGUGUUUGAUAUCUUUGGGCUCCCACAAAAAUCUGUCUGUCUAUUCUGUAUUUCAGUUAAAUGGGUUUAUGUUGUUUUAUGGUAAAAUCCAAAAUGUUUUAUAUCAACAAAUUUUGGUUGUGCGUUAGCCAUAGACCCUAUAUCCUUUAGAACUCUAAAACUUAUAGAUGGAAGUGUUACUGCGCUUGCCAUGCCAAUGACAAGAGUGCUAUAAUUUUGGUUGAUCGACAGUUGGUUUUUAUCCAUGUUGAAAAUGUCUCAUGUAAUGAUACCUACUGUUUGAGUUUAAAAAAAUGGUUGUGGUUACCAUUAAUACUCAUUUAGAUGGUUUCUUUGCUGCAAUUGGGCAAUUAAUUUCUUAGGAAGUUCAUCGUCACCUACUGCUGAUAGCACACAAUUUACAGCUGUUUCAGACAUUUUAUACAGAGAAUACCAUUUGCCGAUUCUGAUAGGCCUUUU